GUAACGGAGUGGUUAUUCACCUGCCGGGGCUGUUUGAAGAAGCAGAAAAAAAUGAAAAGAAAGGUUUAAAGGACUGGGAGAAGCGACUAAUCAUUUCUGACCGUGCACACAUAGUUUGUGAUUUUCACCAGGCAGUUGACGGUCUUCAAGAGGUGCAGCGACAAGCCCAGGAGGGGAAAAACAUUGGUACCACAAAAAAAGGAAUCGGACCAACAUAUUCAUCUAAGGCAUCGCGGACUGGACUGCGCGUCUGUGACCUCCUUGCUGACUUUGAUGAGUUUUCCACAAGAUUUAAGAACCUGGCACAUCAGUAUCAGUCAAUGUUUUCUAACCUGGAAAUAGACAUUGAUGGGCAGUUAAAGAAACUUAAGAUGUAUGCAGAUAAAAUCCGUCCCAUGGUACGGGAUGGGGUAUACUUUAUGUAUGAAGCACUUCACGGCUCUCCAAAAAAGAUCUUGGUGGAAGGUGCUAACGCUGCGCUGCUUGAUAUUGACUUUGGUACGUAUUAAUAUUUUAUUUGUUUU